AUGGCAACUCCACAACCCACUUGGUCAUGGGAUGAUCUGUCUGCAGAUUACAACUCGCAAUCUUCUCACCAAAAUCAGAACGACACAUUCGCAGCGGACGAGCAUACGCACCAAGAAGCACCUGUACCUGAACCAGAGCCGGAACCACCACGUCGAAGAUAUUACCCAUCCCGACUAUGUCGAAUAUGCCUGGAAACCGUAGAGCCGACCUUCGAAACUCCAACCGAAGGCAUAGCUUCAAUGCUCAAUCCAACACCCCGAGUGGCAUAUAAAUCGGAAGAUCCUGAGUUGGGCCGUCUAAUGCGACCAUGCAAGUGCAAGGGAAGUCAAAAAUAUGUUCAUGAAGGCUGCUUGACAGCAUGGAGAUACACAUACCCCGGAUCAAAAAAUUAUUAUGAAUGUCCUACAUGCCACUUUAGAUAUCACUUUCACAGGAUGAAGUGGGGCCAUUGGAUCAGUAGUGCUUUUACACAACUAUGUCUUACUUUCGCAAUAUUAUUUGUUACAAUCUUCGUCAUGGGCUUCGUCGCCGAUCCGAUCAUUAACUUUUAUCUGGACCCGUAUGAUACUGUUUUUUCAUUCCCUUCAAUGGGAGGGAAUGGUCCAGCUCUACAUAUCGUGGAUACGGAAGCAAAUACCUGGGCCGAGCAUCUAUUAAAAGGACUGGCGUCUUUGGGAAUGCUCGGAUUUGUUAAGAUAUUCUUUGCAAUGUCUCCGUUGAGUUGGUGGAAUGUAAGACAGACUGGCCUGUUCGGUGGCGGCCGCGCUCGAGCUGGAACAGGUCGGAAUCGUCUAGAGAACAUCAGUUGGACUCUUGUCAUUAUUGGUAUCGGUGCCUUCUUAGUUACAGUUUGGAAAUGGACCAGAAGCUGGAGUAAAUCGGUACUCGAAAAAGCUGGCGAGACCGUGAUCGAUGUUGGAGGCGACGAUGCUGAUGAAGAUGAUGAACAGACACAAGCAGAAGUUAAUGAGCAGGUGCAUUCAGAAAGUACAAGAGGAGAACAUCCUCCAACGACUGUGGAUCCCGAAAUCAGGAAAACACAGUGA